AUGUUUGAGGCCAAAGGAGUCCUCUUUGUGCUCUUGGACCUGGUCUGCCUGCUCCUGGGAGGUCUGCCGUUAGCGGUGUAUAAUCUGGGUAAAGUGCGUCCGUAUCAAAGAGGCUUUUUCUGUAACGAUGACAGCAUCAAGUACCCGUUCCACGACAGCACGGUCACCUCCACCGUGCUGUACUCUGUGGGCCUCACUCUGCCCAUCGUCUCCGUGUUAGGAGCCGUAAUGAUUCCUCUGGUGGUGGUUUCUAUGGUUAUCGGCGAGUCUCUUUUAGUGUAUUUUAAGAGGGUCCAGUCCAAGUCCAAUUUUGGCAGUUACGUGGCGUGCGUUUACAAAGCCGUGGGGACGUUCCUGUUCGGCGCCGCCAUGAGCCAAUCCCUCACGGACAUCGCCAAGUACACGAUCGGUCGCCUCAGGCCGCACUUCCUGGACGUGUGCAGACCGGACUGGACUCGGCUCAACUGCUCCACGGGGGCCUACGUUGAGGACUACAUCUGCACCGGGGACCCCCACAGAGUCCAGGAGGGCAGGUUGUCGUUUUACUCCGGACACUCCUCUUUCUCCAUGUACUGCAUGUUGUUCCUCGCUCUGUAUCUACAGGCGCGUCUGCAGUACGAGUGGGCGCGUCUGCUCAGACCCACGCUGCAGUUCUUUCUGGUCGCGGCCUCGGUCUACACGGGUCUCUCCAGAGUCUCUGAUUACAAACACCACUGGAGCGACGUGCUGACGGGCCUCCUGCAGGGGGCGCUCAUGGCCAUCCUACUGGUUUUCUUUGUCUCCGACUUCUUCAAAAAACCGGGUCCAGAGAAUAUCAUGAAACACGAAGACAUCCCACACACGACUCUUCAGGAAACAGCGGCCAACGGGAACACCUUGGAAAGUCCCAACUAG